AUGGUGAUUUUAUCACGUCAAGUAUUAGAAAAUCUACUCGGUUUAGAUCCAGCUAGUAUUCCACCAUGUGAUCCAAUUCCUAGUUCUGAUCCAGCUAUUGUAUUUGCAUAUACUAAACUAUUAUGGUGUGUCGGUGCACAUGAAGAAGCUGUCAGUCGUUUGUGUGUUUUAAAAACUCAUGUACUCGAGCCAUUACUACGUACUACGGAUACAAACACUAAUUGUGCUCAACAGCUGUCGUCAUCAACAUCAGUUUUUCAAUUUCUCUCACCGAAUCUAUUAAAUACCAAUGAAACGUUAGAUAGUUUAGAUUCAAGACAAUUAGAAAUUCAAUUGAUAAAUGAACGAAAAGAAUUAAGACGAUUAUUGGCAAAAUGUUGUCUGAAAUUAGGUUCAUGGUAUUCUGAAUUGUAUACACGUUCACCGCCAUCUGGUUGUGGUGCAGCACGUACAUUGUCCAAAGUGAAUUCUUCAAAUAAUAAUGAUACUCUAGUAGAGAAUAUUUAUUCAUCACGUAGUAAUGGAGUUACAAUGCGUACAUCAAUUCAUCAUUCGAAUAGUCUUACAGUUGGUUCACGUGAAUCUACCACCAUUCAUCGUAAUGGUGGUGUUGGUGGUAGUAGUGCACGAAUGCGUCGAACUGGUUCCACUAACACCACUACUAAUACAGGCAGUGGCAGUGGAACAUCAGUAGCCCUAGUUAAUGAUAAUAUCGCUGCUUCAAGUAUCUCACAAACAUGGGAAGAAAGUCAAGCUUUCGUGAUUCAAUGUUAUCAAACUGCUACAUUACAUGCACCAGAAUGUCGUAAUACAUGGCAAUCAUGGGCUAUGGCAAAUUAUGCUGUAUUCAAUCAUUUAGAUACAUUGAAAGCAUGUUUAGAACGAGCUGAAUUGGAAUUGAAUAAAGCCGGUGGCGGUAUUGAUUCUCAUAGUUCAUGGGCAUCACGUCGUAAUUUCUCAUCUUCCACUGGAAUUCAUGGACCUGGUACUAAUCAAAUACAGCCAUUGAAUUUCCCCGCUGGUAAUAUGUCAUCAAAUUUUGCUGCAUUACCUCCCCCGAUAGCAGAACUUGUACGUGCCAAGGCGGAUUUACAACGAUGUAUGGAAUUACAUGCUGCACCAUCAGUGAGAGGUUUUGUUAAUUCAAUUAGUUUAUCACCAACUGCUAAUUUACAGGCAAGUUCAAUUUUUUUCCCGAACUUCGUGAUCUUCAUAACUCAAAAGGUUAGAAUUUGA